AUGUUAAGGUGUGUUGGUUUGCUUCUGCAUUGUUUCAGUGUGAUCAAGGAUAAAAGUGCUGGAAUCGUUUGCUGUCAUGUGUUGCUCAUUGUCAGCUUUACUUCCUUAUAUUUGCGAUAUUUAGCGAGCUUCAUCCCUGAGGACAACCUGCUGGAGACCAGUGAGGUGACCAGUGAAGGCAACAUAAGACAGAGCAUAAAUCUAGAUGACACGCUUGACUUUAGGGCCAGACACGGGGUUGAAACGCGCACAUCUUGGAAAGCUCCUAUCAUCUGGGAGGGCAUGUUUGACCCCGUUCUUUAUGACCAAACACAUAUCCAAAACCAGUCAUCUGUGGCCCUCACCGUGUUUGCUGUGGGAAGGUACCUGGAUGCCUAUCUGAAGACUUUCCUUACCUCUGCAGAACAACAUUUCAUGUCUGGAUUAAAAGUGAGAUAUUACGUGUUCACGGAUGAACCAGACAGUGUCCCAAACAUUGAGCUUGGUCCUCAGCGAAGCCUGAAGGUUAUCCAGGUGGAAAAGCACUCCAGGUGGCAGGACAUCUCUAUGAUGCGCAUGAAAACAAUAUCAGAUACCAUAGAAUCGGAUAUUCGUCACCACUGCAAUUACGUCUUCUGCUUAGAUGUGGAUCAGGAGUUUAAGGGAAGAUUUGGCUCAGAGGCUCUGGGGGAUUCUGUAGCUCAGAUACACGCCUACUUUUACAAACUUCCAAAGGAAAGGUGGACCUAUGACAAAAACCCCAAUUCCAAAGCCAACAUGGAAUACGGAGAUUACUACUACCAUGCUGCUGUCUUCGGAGGCCUGUUGGAACAUGUGAAGAGUUUGGCAGAUCACUGCUUUCUGGGUAUCAUGGAGGACAAACUAAACGAUGUGGAGGCUCUGUGGCAUGAUGAGAGUCAUCUAAACAAGUACUUUUGGCUUCACAAACCAACCAGGCUGCUCUCCCCCGAGUACUGCUGGGACACUAAUAAUAUUGACAAUGACAUACACAUCGCUCAUCUAAUAUGGGCAGAAAAACAUUAUGACACACUACGUGAUCAGUAAACCGGCUACAAGAUCCACAAAUUGUGAGAACAGUGCAAUAGCUACCUGCCACUUUAACACUGGCUGGAGGAUGUAGUAUCAAAAAAAUAUGUUUAUGAUGUGAAUAUACAACAAGAAAUGGAAAACGUUCAAGCAAAACCUUAAAAUAAAGUUAUCAAA